GUCCGAUCGCAUUUCUUAAGCCCUCCAAAGUGGUGCGCCGCCAUUCUCCAUUCCUCACUUGAGCUCGUCGGCGAUCGAUCCCUCGUUUUUUAUCACAGCGAACGCAAUGGCUGAAGAUGCUGUUGCCGAAUCUGGUCCAGUUCUUGGCGAGCCCAUGGAUUUGAUGACUGCUCUGCAGUUGGUGUUGAAGAAGUCAUUGGCCCAUGAUGGACUUGUUCGCGGACUACGUGAGGCUGCAAAGGCAAUUGAGAAGCAUGCUGCUCAGCUUUGUAUUGUAGCUGAGGACUGCAACCAGGCUGACUACGUCAAGCUGGUGAAGGCGCUCUGUGCUGAGCAUAACGUGCACUUGGUCACUGUUCCAAGCGCCAAAACGCUUGGUGAAUGGGCUGGGCUUUGCAAGAUUGAUUCAGAGGGCAAGGCAAGGAAAGUGGUGGGCUGCUCAUGUCUCGUCGUGAAGGACUAUGGUGAAGAAUCCGAAGGCCUUCACAUAGUUCAAGAAUAUGUCAAAUCACAUUGAGAAUUGGAAUUUUUGUUCUACCUCGUCAUAUCCUGAAAAUUGUGUUGUUGAAAUCCUUCAAAUACGAGUCAGUUUCAUGAUUAUUUUGUCGAAUGUUUUGACUCUGAACUUGCCUAGCAUUGUCUAGGUUUGUGAAGGCAUUUUGAACUUUGUAGUAAAUUAGAUUGCUUUAUUAUGGUUCUGAUAUGGAUAAUUUGUGAUGGAAAUUCUUCA